GCCGAACUCGUUGCUUUGCAGAAAUUUUCCGAGGAGAAUUCGCCGGGGUUGCCGCAUUUGGUUGCUUGGAAGAAAGGGGUACAAGAAGAAUCAGAAGAAAAAAAAGAGGAGGGAGGGGAGGCAAAGUGGCCGAUGCCGGGGGGGUAUGUGGUGUAUAUUGUUAUGACGUUGAUGCCGGGGAGACAUUUGAUGGAUUGGGGAUUUUGGGGGUUGGAGGAGGAGGAGAGGGAGGUGAUUCGGGAGAGGUUUGUGGGGGUUUUGGGCUCCAUAUGGCGAAUGGGCUUCGCCCCCUACGACUGCGCUCUCAGAAACAUCCUCUGGGAUCGAGAGACCAAAACACUAUCCAUCGUCGACUUCGAACACUGGAACCCCACUUCUACCGACCCCAUCAACAUGAACAAUCGAGCCGAAAUGGAAAAAUGGGGUCUUGUGAAACGAAAGGCUUCGACGACGCAUUGGGAGGAGUGGUUUCUUUCUGAGGGGUUGGUGAGGAAGAGGUGA